CAAAAACAAAAACAAAAAAGAAAUUGUUAAACCCUGGCCGCCUCAUGGCUCUCCUCCAUCUUCACGCCUGCUAGCAGUUCAGUGGCACCAUCCCCGCCGCCUCCUCCGCCGUGCUCUUCGCCGGCGCCGCCCACCCUCCGCCUCCCUUCACCAUCGCCUUUGCCGCAUCCUCCUCUCUCUUUGUCUCAGGUAUUCUCUCUCUAUUUCCAAUAUUUGUCUCUCGAUUUCCAUUCCUUACAAUGGAUGAACAUCUGUAUGCUCAAAUCGAACCAUUGGAAAUCGGUUUUGCAUAAUCAUGGACACUGGUUCGGUUGUUCAUCCUUACCAAUUGAGAUUAUAGUUUCUUUUGUCGAAUUAGCCAAAAAUGGAAGCUCAGUGUUCUUUCUCUCGGUUUUGCCCAAAUUUAUCUGUUUCAUUCUUUCGAUCUCCUAAACUUUCGUUCCUUCUGAAGCUUCCUUCUGCUUCUUCUUGUUCCUUCGCCCGAUCAUCUGUUCCGACUUCGCCUAGUGUUUGGCUCAAGAAGAAUGUUGGUGUUAAGAAGAACUCUCAAAUGGUUGUGAGGGUCAGUCUUGAAGGGGAAGUUUCUAGAACUGUAAUUAGGAGGAAAAAACUUGCUGUCUUCGUCUCCGGCGGAGGCUCCAACUUCCGUUCCAUACACGAGGCGUCUCUCGAAGGAUCGAUCAACGGAGAUAUUGUUGUUUUAGUUACUAACAAAAUCGAUUGCGGUGGUGCAGAAUAUGCAAGAUCUAAGAACAUUCCAGUUAUUUUGUUCCCCAAAACAAAAGAUGAACCUGAUCGCUUGUCUCCUUCUGACCUUGUAGCUAACCUUAGAAGGCUCGAGAUUGAUUUCAUUCUUCUUGCUGGAUACCUAAAACUUAUACCACUAGAAUUGAUCCAAGCUUAUUCCAAAUCUAUUCUAAAUAUACACCCAUCACUUCUUCCUGCUUUUGGAGGCAAAGGUUAUUAUGGAAUGAAGGUGCAUAAAUCAGUGAUUGCCUCUGGAGCCCGAUAUUCGGGUCCAACGAUUCAUUUUGUUGAUGAGCACUUCGACACUGGACGGAUUCUCGCUCAAAGAGUAGUUCCUGUGCUUGCAAAUGAUGCAGCACAGGAUCUGGCAGCUAGAGUUCUUAAGGAGGAGCAUUGUCUAUAUGUCGAGGUAGUAGCAGCGUUGUGCGAAGAACGGAUCGUUUGGAGAGAAGACGGUGUUCCUCUCAUUCAAAGCAAAGAAAAUCCCAACGAAUUCCUCUAACUAGCUGGGAAAAUGCUCAAAAUUCUGAGGUUGUCCAUGUUUUCUCAGAUUCUCUGUAUUAAUAAUGGCUGCAAACCAUGAAGUUUGAGCUUCCUCAGCAUACAACAAAUAAGAAGUUCUUUUCUUUUCUGCUUUGGUUCUUUUGAGUCAUUUGAUGGUAUUUAACAGAGUUCUUAUUUUUGUGUCAUUUGUAAGCUGAAACCAAGUCUUAGUUUUUUUUAAUAAGGAAGCUUAGUUUAAGGAGCCAGAUUGUUGCCUC